CAUCCUGUAGAACUAUGCCCCCCUCUAAUCACCCCAAUCCUCAUGUAUAAUUUGUCUUGGCCGAGGCUGUGCGGGGAGCCACCCCGCCCCAGCCUCUUUGAUUGGCCACGCGGGCCCGGGCGUCACACUCUUUUGUCUCAGUGGACAGAGGAUAAAAGUCUCCAAGGCUGCCGUGGGAAUUGUGCUGCUAGGAUUCGGCUCCCCCUAGCUGCGCAGCUAUGUGAAGCAGCUCGGUCCUGGCAGCACUGGGUCGCUUAGUGGCAGAGGAAGUGCCCAUGCCCAUCAUUUUCCCCUUCAGGGUAGUGGACCGAAGGUGGCACACAGAGCUGUCACGCGGGAGCAUCCACUGCCCACCCGCGGAGCAGAAAACGGGAGCGACUGCCCAGCGCAGAGAGAGGAGGGGGCUGGGCGGAUCCCCUCUUGGAAAAUCGAGAACUGCGAGGCAGAGCGCAAGGAACACUCCUGUGGCUCUACUGCGUUGAGUGAGGAGGUGAGGUGCUGCUAGAGGCUGCGGAGUGAGUGUGAUUUGCCUGGAUUAGAGGGGAGUUUCCUUGGGGGGCGGGGGAGACAAGGGGCUAGGGCCGAGAGAGAAUCACAAGCUGUCUGUCUUGAACCCCUUUGUAUCCUCUCAUCUCUUCCUGGGGAGAAAUAUGUAGGUGUGCGUGUCCAAGUCCUAUUCCCUUUCUCAAUGGCAGGCCAUCAAAACCAAACACGAACCUGAACUCUGUGCGGCUGAUUGCAAAGCAGUCUUGACGCCCCUAGGUCCGGGAUCGGUGACCCCUAAUGGACAACUUUCGUAUGGUGGCCACCAGUUGCAAAGGCUGGUAAUGAAAUAAAGGCACGUGCUUGCCCUUGAGCUCAUUUCCUACUGAGAUAGGAGGAAGGCCUGCCUGCAGAUUAGGCUUUUCCAAAAAGCACAACUGUCUUGUUAAUAUUCAGAUACCGUAUCAUUGUUGGUCAUGUCUAGCAUCAUUGCACACAUGGGCAGUACCCGGUGGCAGAAUGCACCCUUGCCGCCCUGGGCCCACUGUAUGCUGAGAUCCCUGGGGAGGAGUCUUGGUCCUUUAAUGGCCAACAUGGCAGACAGGAACAUGAAGUUGUUCUCAGGGAGGGUGGUACCAGCUCAAGGGGAAGAAACCUUUGAAAAUUGGCUCAACCAAGUCAAUGGGAUCCUGCCAGAUUGGAAUAUGUCUGAGGAGGAAAAGCUCAAGCGCCUGCUGAAAACGCUUAGGGGUCCUACCCGGGAGGUCAUGCGUUUGCUCCUGGCAGCCAACCCCAGCCUAAGUGUGGCAGAUUUCUUGCACGCAAUGAAAUUAGUCUUUGGGGAGUUUGAAAGCAGUGUGACUGCUCAUGGCAAAUUUUUAAACACUCUACAGGCACAAGGGGAAAAAGCCUCUCUUUAUGUGAUCCGUUUAGAGGUGCAGCUCCAGAACGCUAUUCAGGCAGGGAUCAUAGCUGAGAAAGAUGCAAACCAGAGUCGCCUGCACCAGCUCCUUUUAGGAGCUGAGCUGAAUGGGGACCUGCGCUACAGGCUGAAACAUCUCCUCAGGAUGUAUGCAAAUGAUCGGAAGCAUCUUCCCAAUUUCCUGGAGUUAAUCAGAAUGAUAAGAGAGGAAGAGGGCUGGAAUGAUACUUUUAUCAAAUGAAAGCGGACCAGGAGAUCUGAGUCAAUGGUGGAGAGGGCAACCAGCCCAGUGGCAUUUCAGGGCUCCCUACGGAUAAUGACUGGCAGUGCUGACUGCAAUGUGAUAGAGAUAGAUGACACCCUGGAUGACUCAGAUGAGGAUGUGAUCCUGGUGGAUUCUCAGAACCCUCCACUUUCAUUCUCAGGAUCUCCUCCUCCCAGAGGUACUGUCAAACCUCGGGAUCAAGUGCUAGUCAUUGAUCCCCCCAACAGUUCCCAGGCUCAAUCUCCUUCUACUAGUGGUGGUUCUCGGUAUAAGAAUGAUGGUCCCAGAGAUGUGCAUAAAGCCAGGAAGCGAAAAUACACAAUCUGUUGUUCAUAUUGUGGUGAGGAGGGUCACUCGAAGGAAACCUGUGACAAUGAGAGCAACAAGGCCCAGAUAUUUGAGAAUCUGAUAAUCACCCUGCAGGAGCUGACACAUGCAGAGCAGGAGGGGUCAGGAGAGGCUCCUGAUGAACCUGAUGACCCUUCUGAGUUACAGUGAAGUGCUAGACCCCAGCCUUAAAUGAAUCCUUAGCUAUAUUCAGAGUCAAGUGAUGGCAGGACUGAGAGGGAUGCCUCUAAUUGCAUGAAUUAAUCCACAAAACAGCUUUCUCUUAGGGUGGAGCACAAAGGUUCUUAGAUAACAGCACAGUGGAGGAAGAUGGCCUGUCCUUUGACAUUUAUUGCUCACCACUUUUGCUGUCUAAGGCUCUAUUUCUUGUGUGUGCACAUUUCUUUGAUGGCUUUAUUUUCUUUGUGAAAGUGGCAUAAUUCAUUGUUAAAUCUUCAAACAAUAAAAAAGUACAAAAAAGACAGUACAAAUAACUCCAAAUUUUCCACCCUUAUAUGGGUGGAAAACCCUGUCAACCCUUUGAUGAAUAUCCUUCUAGAUGUUUCCCUAUACUGAUGUACCCAGAUAGACGUAUAUGUAUAGAUAAAAGUGUUCAAAUAUAAAUGCUGUUCUAUAGUUUGUAUUUUUUCAUGAAACAAUUUAUGUUGUGGGCUUCUUUCUAUGUUAAUAAAUAUGUAUCAG